CCCAAUUUGGUUAUAUGAGGGAAGGCUAACUCUAUAAAAGCAUCUUGCUUCUUCUUCCUAUGGUUUUCUUCUAUAAACAGUGCAAAUUAACAAUCGUUGUUACAACUUUGCAACACAAACGUAUUUGGAAUUUGGGGCUAGGUUCAUAUAUCGGUUGCUACUUAAUUCAUUAUCUAUGGCCAGUGAGGCAGCAGGUAUUACAAGACGGGAUGGAACAAGAACAACCUCAGCAGCAGCAGCAGCAGCAGCGGUGGUUGAAGAGAUCGUACCUAAUUCGGGAUGGACAGACGACCAUUCGAGCCAUUUUCUUCUUGUGGAUCUUCCUGAAUUUAGGAAGGAGGAGGUGACCCUUCAAGUUGAUGGCUCCGAUGGCCGUAUAAUUGUGAAAGGCGAAAGGCAAACAAAUGAACAGAAACGUAUUCACUUUGAGCUGGCCUUUCCAUUGCCACCAGAUUCAGAUGUGGAUAAUAUAUCCGGAAACUUUGACAGUGAAAUCCUUCACGUGCAUGUCCCCAAGCGAGCUUCACAUCAAGAACACAGAGAAAGUGGUCAUGAGAUAGAGAGAGCUUCAAAUAAUGGCAGUGUUGGAAGGCCACAAGAAAUUGUAAGUGAGGAACACGAAGUUGUUAAUGAGGGGAGGGAUCAUGGUCAUUAUCAACACGAGGAAGAUAGAGAUAAGAAGGAAGAAAGAAGAAAUGAAAAUGCACAGUACAUGGAUAAUGGUUAUUCUAAAAAAUUAACAAGGAAGUUGGAGCAAAAACGCGACAUGUCAAGAGCUCUAGUGGAGGUUUUGAUGAGAAACAAGGGAGUUGUUACAACUGCUGUUGUGGCCUUUUCGUUUGGGUUGUAUGUAUCUAAUAAGUUCCAUUCAUGGAAUGAACCAUAAGUGGAGUCCCUUCAUGACAUGCAUCCAUGAAUAACAUGCAUACCAUACUGCUUUUAUUUCUCAUGCUUGAGUAUAUAGAUACAAUCAAUAAUGUAUGUACCAUGCUGAUGUUAUAAGCAAUGCAAUAACAUGUCGACGUACUUUUUUUUUUU